AUGAUUUAUAAAAGCAACAAUAAAUUGUAUGUAUUAAUCUUGAUUUGCACACACAUUUUGAACGUUUCUGAAAGCACAAUUUCAUUGUAUCGUCAUAAACAUGAUGCUUACGAAGAUUUUGACAUUACAACAAUUUAUAGAGUCACAAAUAUGACGUCAUUCAAUAGCAGCAAUGGAACCUACAAUGGAAUGAAUUCAGUUAUUGAAAUACACUCAAGAACUAAUGCUACUGGACUGCCAAUAGACUUUGAUGGUGAUAUUCCUAUUACAUCAACGAAUAUAAAAGAAAUCAUAAAUUUUGGAUCAUUUCAGAAUAAUAGUCGAAUGAGUACUUCGUAUAACUCAAAUGAUUGGAGUCGAAAAAGUAUAAACUUAAAUGGAGCCGUUUGUAACAAGAAUGGAUAUCAAUCGCUGGAUUCAGGAAACCAAUUGAAUAAAUGCUAUAAUUAUUAUGAAUAUUAUAGCUUCGAAAAGUGCUUGACAAAGAGUUACAAGAAUUAUGAUUCACCUGUUACCUGUAAUUUUUUCACAUUUUAUUGGACACCCGAUAAAGAUAAUCAAACGUGUUUAACAAUGACAUAUUAUACCAAAUAUGAAUCAGACAAGCUUUAUUUUAUCACGAUGGAUGUAAAAGAUGAAUAUAAUAAUAUCUCGAUAUCUUCAACCGUAUUGGAGAAUUAUAACGGUAUUAUAACAUUGAAAAUUACUAACAUUGAUUUUAAGAACAAUCAGCAAUACAAAUUAUCACUAAAAUUAACUGCGACGAACAGAUAUGAAUCUCAAUGGGUCGAUCAAAGUCUUAAAUUUGGACUCAUACGAAUUGCUCAAUGUUCAAAUUAUGACGAAGAAGAAGUUCGAACUAUUUCUAUGGAUAAUGUUUCUGGAAAAAAGCCAAAACCAUUCAAUAUUCUGGGAAACCGUUUAGUCGAACCUUCUAAUUAUCAAGGUCCAUGUUUAAAUGGUGGAUAUUUUAUUAAGCAAUCAUCAAAAUGUGUUUGUCCUCCUGGUUUUAAAGGGCAAUUUUGUGAGACAGGUUGCGGAGGAAACUCCUAUGGAUCUGACUGUAAAGGAGUAUGCUCUUUACAGUCUGAUAAAAUGUGUCGUGGAAUGUUCAUGUGUACAAGUUAUGGAUGCACAUGCCCAGCGGGAUUAACCGGUCCAUCGUGUGACGAAGACUGUACAAUGGGUACAUAUGGAGCUGGUUGUAAACAAACAUGUUCCGAUCAUUGUCUUAAUAAUACGUGUGAUCAAUAUACAGGUGCCUGCUUAUAUGGUUGUUCAGUUGGGUAUAUACUACCACAUUGCAGUGAAAAAUAUCCAUACCUUAUUAACCCACCUACACUGCGUGUUGCCAAUUACGAUGCGAUUGAACUAGAAUUGGAUUUUCAAGAAAAUAAUAUAAAAGGAGGAGACAAAAUUAUAAUGCCAAAAUAUUAUCAAUUAUUUUAUAAGUCAUUAAUAGAAAAUACAUUUAGAAGCUCUGAAAUUAAAUCAAUAAGCAACACUAAUAACGUUACAAUAGAAGUUAUCAGUGACUUAGAACCGGAUACUAAAUAUACGGUUGGAGUGUUGUUAAUUGCAAAUGAUGGGGAUUUUAAUGAACAAAAUAUAGUAUAUGGUCAAUAUAAAACACCGUGUAUGCAACCACAAAUUACUGAUUACAACAUACAAUUAAAGAGUGGAAUACAAAGCAUCAACAUAACAUGGAGUAUAAGUACCUCAAAUCGACUAGAAUGCAAUAUUACAAAAUAUGUUUUGACGUUAAGUUCAAAUCAAUCAAAAAAUCAACUAUCUGAAGUACAAGAAAUACUAUCAAGUACAGAUAAUGGUCACUUUUUGAAUAAUCUUGUUUCGGGUUUUAAAUAUAACAUAAAAUUAACUCCUUCGACAAGUAAUGGGACGUUACCAUCCUCGCCAAUUUAUUCAAUCACUACUCUUAUGACAAAAAACGACGUUCAAAUAAAAAAUAUUUCUACUAAAUAUGAAAAUGGAAAAAUCAAAGUAAAUUGGAUAUUGGUAUAUCCUCAUGAACAUUACACGACAGUCGAUGAACCAGUAACAUCAAUCAUCAAAUAUAAAGUGAAACGAAUUCUCAGCUGUUCCAUAAGAGAAGUAGAACAAAAUUGGACGUUAAUAAAAAUUUCUAAUCAAACGAACUAUGAAAUCCUAGAUCCGGUGCCGAAUUCUCAAUAUAGUGUACAAGUCUUAGUUGACCUUAAAGACCAAAAUACUACUCAACUAGAAAAUAUAAUUAAUGUAUUAACACCAGCUUCAAGUCCAAUAACUGAACCAAUCUUAGAUCCUGAUCAUCCAAUGUACAUCACUAAUAACUCUAUAUUUGUUCAGUGGAAAUUGAGUCCCCAAAAUUGCUCAAAACUGAAUGGAUUUUUGUCUCAAUUCUAUAUAGAAUUAAAGGAUAAGGUUGCUGACAUUUUAGAAAAAAGAGAAACGAAAAAUAAUUACGUUAGCUUUAACGAGCUAAAAUCCAACACAACUUAUGAACUGAAAGUAUUUAUAAAAACACACUUCGGUUAUAAUCCAGAUCAUUUUCUACUCACCAAUUUCAAGACUAAAUUUGAAAAUUUAAAACCAGUAGAAGAUUUAGUGGUUUAUAAAAAGAGUCUAAAGAAUCAUAUGGCAGGGAUUCGCUGGAGGUAUGCCCAAGACACAAAUGUAGACGGAUUUAUAGUUUCGUUUGAUGAGAAUCCUUUGAUUAACACGAAAAACGUUUCCAUCAUACCACCGAAGAAUUGUUCGGCUUGGCCAGAAUACUAUUGUCAUACAUUUUAUAAUUUGAGUAAAACGAGCAACAACUAUACAUUUAAAAUAAAGCCAAAGUCAAUAGAUUAUCCUGAAGGUGGUGAAGUUUCGUCUAUUUCUUUUAACAGCAUCGAUGGACAACCUGAUUCUCCAAUGAAUUUAAAAACAACCGAAAUUGGUAACACUUCAAUAGCUGUCCAGUGGGAUAUUCCAUGGAUAUUCAACGGUGUAUUGAAAAUGUUUGUUAUUAAUGUUGAUGAAAUUACAUCAAUAGAGAAGGACAGCAUUAAGCCAAAAGAAAUUCCGGUUAAUGAAGAACUGCCUACUUAUAACUAUACGAUAACUGGCCUGCAACCCGGAUCAACAUAUUCAAUUGGAGUUUUAUCUGUAUCCAAACCACUAUGGCACAGUUCACCAUCUACACUUUCUGUCAAACUUCCAACUAUCUAA